UCCCCUCUCCCCCUCCCCUCCUCACUCUGGGAGGAGUUGGGAGUUACCAUCAGCUGAUCCUUGACCCCCACCUUGAUCCUCAGACUUGAGACCUGGGUCAGUCUGUCUCCUCUGGACCCUUCUGCCCACACAUCAAGAAUCUCUGAUGGAACAUUUUUCACAGGCCAGGGGUAUAAGAGAAGACCGGGGACAGGGCUUUCAGACCCACCCAGAGAGCUCCAUGGGACGUCCGCGGUCUAAAGGUGGCAGGGUUCAGACACGGGGAACGAAAGGGCUGGUUCUGGGGGGCAGGGAGGGGCAUCUCCUGGAUGCCAGGGUAGGGAGGUUUCCUGAUGCCUCCCUGGGGCUCUCCCCCUCUUGCCUCCCCCCAGUAUGAUGAGCUGCCCCACUACCCAGGCAUCGUGGACAGCACCGCAGCCCUGGCUGGCUUCUCGGAGGCAGUGCCCUCGACACCGAGAGCCCCCGGGCCCUAUGGCCCCCACCAGCCUCCCCAGCCCCAGCCCCCGGGCUUGGACAGUGAUGGCCUGAGGAGGGAGAAGGAUGAGAUCUACGGACACCCGCUCUUCCCACUGCUGGCCCUGGUCUUUGAGAAAUGUGAAUUGGCCACGUGCUCGCCCCGGGAUGGGGCCGGGGCUGGGCUGGGCACACCUCCAGGUGGUGAUGUAUGCUCCUCUGAUUCCUUCAACGAGGACAUCGCUGCCUUUGCCAAGCAGGUCCGCUCUGAGAGGCCCCUCUUCUCCUCCAACCCGGAGCUGGACAAUCUGAUGAUACAGGCCAUUCAGGUGCUCCGCUUCCACCUGCUGGAGCUGGAGAAGGUCCACGACCUGUGCGACAACUUCUGUCACCGCUACAUCACCUGCCUCAAGGGAAAGAUGCCCAUCGACCUGGUCAUCGAGGAUCGGGAUGGCGGCUGCAGGGAGGACCUCGAGGACUACCCGGCCUCCUGCCCCAGCCUCCCGGAUCAGAAUAAUACAUGGAUUAGAGACCAUGAGGACAGCGGGUCUGUACAUUUGGGGACCCCGGGUCCAUCCAGUGGGGGCCUAGCCUCCCAGAGUGGGGACAACUCCAGUGACCAAGGAGACGGACUAGACACAAGCGUGGCCUCUCCCAGUUCCGGGGGAGAGGACGAGGAGCUGGACCAGGAGCGACGGCGGAAUAAGAAGAGGGGGAUCUUCCCCAAGGUGGCUACCAAUAUCAUGAGAGCCUGGCUGUUCCAGCACCUCUCGCACCCAUACCCCUCGGAGGAGCAGAAGAAACAGCUGGCGCAGGACACAGGGCUCACCAUCUUGCAAGUCAACAACUGGUUCAUUAACGCCCGGAGACGCAUCGUGCAACCAAUGAUCGAUCAAUCCAACCGCACAGGUCAGAGUGCAGUCUUCAGCCCAGAGGGCCAGCCAAUGGGGGGCUACUCGGAAGCUCAGCCGCACAUGACUGUCAGACCUCCAGGGUCGAUGGGAAUGAGUUUGAACUUAGAAGGAGAGUGGCAUUAUCUAUAGAUUCAGGACAAGUACCCCAGCCUCUGGACUGUGACCACCAGGCUCACACCUGGUUCUGGUCCCCACCUGGCCCCCUGACUUCAGGACCCCACCUCCUAAGGCCCCCAAUGCAAUGCCUACCUCCCUGGGGCCCCACUGGGACAUGGGGCCUGAGCGCCCGCUCAAGGGUCUCUCAAGGACAAAGACAAGGCCCCCAUACCCUGCGCCCCGCUUCUGCCCUCACCUCUGCCUGGAACCCAAGCUGAGAUCCCGGGCCUGGGUCUUCAGAAGAUGGUGGCUGGGGGUCCCCCGCCUCCAGGCCAGAGAAGGGACUGGCGGUGGGCUGGGGAGGUCAGGGAAGGAGGGUCAGCCGGAUCCGACAUUUGGAAGAGGUCCCCUUGUCCUCCCAGCCCACUCCCCACCCCUUCUCUCCCCUACCUCCCUUCAUGGAAGUCUUCUACCUUUUUUUUUUUAAUGAUAAAGUCUUAAAAACAAAAAGGCA